CGGCGGGGCCUGGGGGCUCCGAGCCUGGACGCCGGGCCGCCUGCGCAUCGGGCCAGCGCUGCAAGGCCAGGGCCGUCCUCCUAAAGCACGAGGGCGGAUAGAGAGACGGGCUGCGACGUGGAGGGUCCCGCGCGCCUCUGACGAGCUGGUGCUAACCCGGGAGUCGAGGGGCCAUUGGCUGUCCGGGAGGAGGGGAAUCACGCUGAAAGGAGACUCAAAGGCUCCCUUGCCGGGAACGAGACAAAGAAAGCGGCUUAUUAACAAGGUCCGAAAAUAUCUGUCACAUGUGGCUGGGAGGGAUCGAGAGAAAGGAAGCGCGUGUGUGAGGAGCGGAAAAAACAUAUACAAGCAUGGGGAAGACAUUGAAGAAGAAUCCCAGAAUCUCGGGAGCGGCGGCAGCACAAAGAACAGCAUCUAUGGCAUUAACAGGAAACAGGACUAUGUCAAGAACUCUGGGGGUAUACUUGGUGAAAAUGAAUUAAGACCACCCUCCCAGCUACAUUCUCUCUUAGAGAAGACCAGGACAGGGUUCAUAUCAGAAAACAUUUUUGAGACAGUGUCCUUGAGUUCAGACUCUCUCUUCCAGAGGGCAGUUUCAAUUCUCCAUACUUCUUACUUGGACUCUGCAUCUGAGCAUGGUUUUCAAUACAGUCAAGUGACUUUGGUGAAAAAUGACAUUUUCUUAAAUGAGUACAAAAAUUUUUACCAAGAAAAAAAAGCAAGUAACUACACUCAGGAAGAGCUUCAAGAAACUUACGGGUUUCUUCUGUUUGAAAGUGAAAAUCAGGCAAAAUUAGUAUGUCGGCGUGGACUCUGUAUUGGCAGCAGUGCUAUUACCACUCUGGGUGACCCAGCAAAAGGUGUAUACAUUUCCAAAUACUCAGACUGUCUUCAUGCAAGACCAUGGUAUCAUGGAAAGUCUGGUUAUAUUAUAAUUUGUAAUCUAAUUAAGGGAAAAGUCAAGUUUGUGUCUGAGAAUUAUACAACUAACUAUAUUAGCCCAUCUUCUGGCUAUGAUUGCCAUGUGGCUGCAAAUACUGACAAGGUUUCUCACAAGACGAGUCAUUUUCGCGCCUUUGAACUGAGUCAGUAUUAUUUGUAUGAGCUUUCAGGUGCCACUGUUAUUGAGCGACCUAGACAGAUUCAUCCUUACGUAAUUGUAGCUUUUCAGUACAAGGAACCUAAAAAGAUGGCGGCAUCAGCUCAUAAAAGCUUACUUGAGCUCAGUGAAAAUGUUCUCAUCUCCCCAUGGAAUGGGAAAUUAAUUAUUAAAGGCUGUCUGCUGUGUGACAUAACUCUUUGGUCCUCUUAUGGUACAGUGGUUCCCAUCCAGCUACCACAUGAACUAGAUUUUAAGUAUGUAAUGAAAGUGUCGUCUCUGAAAAAAAGACUACCAGAAGCUAUCUUUAGAAAACAGAAUUACUUGGAGCAAAAAGUCUGUUGCCAAGAUAUGUACUUCAAUAUGUAUGAAGUGGAAUUGUCAAACAAACAAGGGGACAAAAUAGAUAAACUAACCGAAGUCAUUAAAAAUAAGCAAUUGGCACUCAUCAAAUGCUUGGAAAAUCGGGAGGUUUUCAUUUUACUUACAUCAUCAGCCUUAAUUUCAGAAACAAAUUUUGGAGAUGAGCAGAUGGCUCUACAUGGAUUACAUUUAUUCCAUUCAUCCCUGUCAGCAGGGCUGAAAGACUUGAGAGUUGAAGAUGACAUCUCAUUGAAGGUGAUACCUAUUUUACCUGCCCUUAAUUGUGCACUGCUAGAAGCAAGGAACUCAUUUACUGAAGAAGGAAUCUGUCUAAAUACAUUAGUAAAACGUAAUUUUCAAGAACUGUACAAGAUGGAGAGAAAUCCAUUGACAACUUCUUCUCAGGAUGGAGUAAAAGAGACUUUAUUCUUUGGCAAAAUGUCCAAUGGUUUUGACUUGGUUCCUCCAGCUGAAAAGUGCCCUGUACAGUCUUUAACUCAGUUGAAGACUUAUUUUUCAGAUCCUAGUGGGUACAUUUUGGAAGUAUCUACAGCGUUAGAUUUAUUGGCAGAGCAUUCACAGUCUCCUUGUAUUUCAGAUGGAAUUUGUGAUGCUGGAUUUUCUUUAGUUAUGACUCCAGAUCCUGAAUUUCUUGACUCAGAAGCAGAAGUAAGAAGAGAAACUGAAACAAAAAAGAAUUCUGAAGAAAUGUUUAAAGCUAGGAAGAGAAAUAUAGUUCCAUUAAAUUCAGCAUCAAAUCUGAGAGUUCAGCCAAAGAGGAAGGCCAGCAUGCCACCUGUGGUGCAGAGUAAAAGAGUGAACGUGUGCUGUCCCUUCCCCAAAAGAACUCCUGCAAGAGCAAAUAGGGCUUCAACCCCUCCAGCAACUCUCAAAUUAGUUAAAGGACAGUUUCCUCAGAAAAGAAAAAGAGGUGCUGAGGUGCUGACUGCACAGUUUGUACAGACAACCAAAUUGGAUACGAAAAACCAAGAAGCUCUUAUUUCUAAAGAUGUUCCAGUUGCAACGACUCCUAAAAGGGCAAGGAAACAAGAGAAAUCUCCAGUCAAAACUGUUCCGAGAGCUAAACCACCUGUGAAGAAAUCUCCACAAAAACAGAGGGUAAAUAUAGUAAAAGGCAAUCAGAAUCCCAGAAUCAGAAAGCAGCCACAACCUGCCAAAGGAGAAACUGCUUCUCAGCUUCAAUCAAAAAUUUCAUUAUGUGGGCAAGAAGAUGUUAUUGGUAUAAAUACAGCUCAACCAGAAAAUAUCACAGUGGCUCAGAAAGCUCCAGCUGAGAAUUCCAUUGUCAACUGUGACUCCCAGGCCCUAAACCUGUUAGCUGAUCUCGCAUUAAGUGCUGCUACCUCUACCACACCACCAUCUGAGCCCAGAAAUCUUCCUUGCUCUUCUGAAUUGCCACAGAGCAAUGUUUUGCUUUCUAAAGAACAUUCUCUGAGCAAUACAUCUGACCAUGAAUAUCAUAGAGGAGUUAAAAGUAAAAAAAGGGGAGUGUUACCUAAGCCCUCCUCUGAUAAGAAGAGUAAUCUGACAUCAGACUCCACUGUCAGCCAAGAGGAAGAGAGCUUGGUUCCUGACAGACAGACCCCUAUUGAAGCCCAGUCGGCACUUCCUGAGGAAACAAUGGAAACUUCAGAUGCAAGCCAAAGUUCUGUUGCUGUGGAACAUUCCUAUGCCCUGCUCCUUGCAGAACAUUCAAAGAAGGUGCUACAGCAGAGAGGGUUACCAGGCCCUGCCUUCACCAAGAAUGGCACAAAAGGCCCUGAAGCAGGAACCCCAGUGGGAAAAGUAAUGCCAUUUCGGCAUCAGCUGAGCACCUCCCCUAUUCAAAAGCUUCCUGAGGACCCAGUACUCAAGCGCAGGAGCAGAUUGCUGUCUUCCAGCCUGAGAGACUUUUACUGCUCUCGUACUGUGUUCAGCUGUGACGGCUCCUUCAAGGUCACUUUCAAAUGUGAAACAAACUAUGUAUUCAGCUUAGACAGCAAAUAUACCAACAACCCACUGGAGAAAACUGUACUAAGAGCAUUACAUGGGCCCUGGAACACUGAUUUACCUGAUAAUGUGGAAGAAGUGAAGCUUUUACUUCAUAUGUGGGUGGCUUUGUUUUACAGCAAUCAAAACAGAGUCAUACGAUCAUCCCGAAAAGUAGUAGAACACAGCAACCCUGCCAAAUAUGUGUCUAUCAAUACUACAAUAGAAUCUUUUCAAUUCAGUGAAAUUGAGGAGUCCCCCAGUGUGGAAAGAUGUUCUGUAGGCCCUUUGUUGGAGACAGAGGAAGCUCCCAGAGGUCAUAGUGCUGAAGUGUCCUUCCCUGACACUAACUCCUUGCUUCCUUUCAUUAAACCACCUGCAAGAGGCUUGGAACUCUGGGUACAGAAUGAACAGAAAGAAGUUUUUGUAAGAGAGGAUCAUCCAGAUACUCCAGAAAAGCAGAAUUUCAUCUAUUCUUGUAAUAAUGAGAUCAUUGAGGGGAAAUCCAAACAAGAGUCAUCGGAUAAAACAGAGACUUCUAAUCUUGUGCUUUCUAACACUGGAAGUAUCCAAAUUAAUGGACCUUCUAUUCCUGGUGAAGAUAAAACCUUUGAGCCACUUGAUAGCACAAGAGUGACUUCUUUUGAUACAGUCACACAAACCACAUUCACCAAGACUUGUGAUGGGAUCAGCAGUCAGUCAGUGAUUUGUCAAAAAUCUGUGUAUAGCACCCUUGAAAGCAAAGUCGAUAAUUUCCAUGCAACAGUGCAAGCAAAAACAAGUGGUUUACAGACCCUUAUCGAGCAUAGCAGCCCCCAAAACAAAGAAUGUCAGCCUUCACAGGAAAAGAAAGAUGAUAUGGGGUAUGUAAUGAUUAAUCUGGAACCAGUUACUCUUACUUUUGAAAAAAAUGCAUGUAUACCAAUACAGGCAGAAAUUGCAAAUAGAGCUGAUAAACCUACAACCUUUAAUAUGGAGUUGCUUAAACAAGUAUCACCUGCUAGAAGUUUUAGACUUCCUAUAUCCACAUUUGAAAAGGUACAAACACAAGGUCUUAAGGACAUUCUAUCUCUAGCAACGUCAGGAGAAAAAGGCACUAAGUACCUUUGUGCCUCCUCAGUAAGUGGAGAGACACUAGCUAAUAAUGAAAUGUGUUCAUUACAGAAAGAGAUUCCUGUUCCAGGCUCAUCAUUGCCAACUGAUAAUUCAUUGGAAAAGGAGGCAUUACCAUUAGUUAAAAGUUGCAAUUCUUCAUUACCCAGAGAAGAAAUGAAACUCUCUCAAGAACUUUUUCUGCAACCUAAGAGUCUCUUAAGCAUAUCUUCAGAAGAGAUUUUGGAGCCAUCACAGAUUGAAGAAGCCUCACCAUCAGCCUCUGCCAUGUUGGAAAAAAAUUACUCACUUAGCUGCAUUCCAUCAAGAAGUAAUACAUCAAAUGGCUCUUUAGAAUUAAAGAGUGACAAGAGUGGUCUAAACAGUGAACAUAGGAAUUUUGAAUCAUUUAAGUCCGCAUUUGCUAAACAAACCAGCCUAUCUAUAAAUGGAGAGGAGGUAAGCCUAGAGUUAGAGGAAGAUUCUGACAUUGACCUAACUCUCACAAUAUCACCACCUACAAGUCCCAGAGAAGAAAUGCCAGCUGGUGAAACAGAGCAACAUCAGGGGGCCCCAUUACCAAAUUUAGAACUCCAGGAUAUAGAUGAAGACAUAAUUGAGCCACAAGAAGUGACUUUCAUAGAAAACAGAGAAGUGAAUUCUGCUAAAUAUACUUCUGCCCUUGAGCUUACAGAGGAAGUUAAUGUUACUUCAGACUUUCCCUUUGGUUCUUUAAUUGAAGAAGUGUCACCAGCUUCUAGUCCUGACCCCCAGAUACCAGUUGAAGAAACACAACCAUCUCGGGAUGUGUCUCCAUGUAGUUUAAAACAUCCCGAUGCACAGAGUGGGAAAAGUGGCAAAUUCUCCCACAUUGAGUCAGUAGAUUUGGCCAUAACAGAAAAGGAAAAUUCUUUUGGUCCUAUCCAUCCAAUGGGACAAAAUAACCUAACUCAGGUACCACAAACACAACUUCCUGCUGAAAUGCCUCUACUAUUAAAUAAUCAUCCAGGAAGAAAAGAUAAGCAUUCAACCCUUCUGGGCAAAGUAACUAAGGAAAUUGUCCCAAGUGAACAUCGUGAGGAUUUCUCUUUCUCAGAAAAGGUGCCAUGCUGCAAUAAAGAAUUAAACCAGCCUGCCUCAACUGGCAGUUACAGAGCUGACUUCAAGACUUCUCUAGAAAAAUUGGUAACGUCAGGAAAUCCAUUGCAGCCGAUCAGUAUAGAAAACAGAAAUUCAGGCUUAAAUCACCUUGCCUUGGAGACCAGUGAGCCCCCAUAUAGUCCUAGAAAGAUUUUGGAAAAUAAGUCUUUGGUUGAUACAUUUACUUCUACAAAUAGUCCAAGUGAAAUAAUGAAUGUAUCGUUAAAACAGGAGACUAGUCCGAAAAGCAUUAAGAGUCUCUUUAGCAGUGAUUUGAAAAUAAAUGAAGGCAAUUACAUGCAAGUUCAGUCCUUGAGCUCUGACUCAGUCGAUGAAGCUGAUGAUACACAGGCACACAGGCACCCAGAGAUCCCCAACCUUGCUUUUUCCUCAAGUGGUGCUACCGUAACCCAUUUUACAAGACCCAUAAACAUUGAGACAGGGUUUCAAACACAGGAAAUAUCAGUAGUCAGAAUGGCCAGUUUGCUUAAGAAUAGUGAAACCGAAGCUGAAUUAUAUGAAAACAACAUAGACCUAGGAGGUAUUGACUCUGAAUCAAACACAUCAUCUCCAGAAGGCAAACAAAAAACCACCCAUAUGCCGCAAGAUAUGUCAACAUGCAACACAAAAGAUCUGUCGAAUAAAGGACUUUCCCCCAUGUAUCUAUAUGCUGAUUCUCAUCAAAACGCAGCAGUCACCAGUGAAAAUGUCAAUAAAGAGCCUUCUGCCUUUUUUGUUCCCAAAUCUUGUGCUGCUCUUGUUUGUGGAGUCUCUAAAGAGCAGGUGGAAAAUAAAAGCUCUGGUGAGGGGAUCAGGACUGAGGAGGACUCUGAAACCCUGGAGGGAGAUAUGGAUAAUAGUGUGAAUUCUGACUUCCAUUAUGAGCCACUUUCCGGAGACUCUGAUCAAGACUCUUUUGGUGAUUGUAGAAAUCCCAAAUUAGACAUGGAGAGUUCCUGCGCUUUGCGAUGUAGUCAUAAGAAAGAAGGUGCUUUGAAAGAUGGUUAUGACUCUUUCCUGAGCCUAAACAAUAGUCAUAAGGACGAUUGGGCCUACUCUACCCAGAUUUCAGAGUUGGAGACCAGCAUACCUCCCCGAAACCGGUUUGAUGGAUUAAAGAAAGAAGAUAAGAGUGUGCCAUGUUACAUCCAAAUCAGAGAUCUCCAUGGUAUCCCCAGGACUUACACUAAUUUUACUAUAACUAAAGAGGUCAAAGGUACCAAGAGAACUUUGCACGGCCUGAGGAGGCAGCGCAAUUUCCCUGCUAAACAUGGCUUGCUAAGCUCCUGGACAGAUACUUGGCAGAUAGAAGAUAACCUUACUCAGAACACUUUAGAUCUGGAAUAUCUGCGUUUCCAACAGAAACUGAAGCAAAUUGUAAAGAAAGGGGAUUCCCAGCUUUCUCCAUCUUCCACCAAUGACUUUUUGAAGAAACCACCUCUCCAAAUUGCCUCUGAAGCUUUCCCUUUGCCAAAAACAUCUGAAUCCUCAGUUCUCCAUCCUCCAUCCCAGAGCAAAAGUACCCUCUUGGUAACAAUCAUGCACUCAGACUCCAGGCCACAGAGCCAGCACCCGAGACGCCACAGGUCCAGCAAAUUAGACAGUUCUUCCUUUUGGAAGGAAAGAUGUGAUCGCAGGAGAAAUCAUCUUACAAAUUCUAAAAGAAAUAAGACUGUUUCUUUCCACCUCAACAAACUGAAAUAUAACAGUACUUUGAAGGAAUCCCGGAAUGAUAUCUCCCUUAUUCUCAAUGAAUAUGCGGAAUUCAACAAGGUGGUGAUGAAUGGCAAUCAAGUCAGUUUGCGAGUUAAAGAGUCAAAUGUUGGUUCUGGAGAAGCCACAUCUCAAGAGAUGUAUUCUUCUUCCCCAAGAAGAUCAGCCUCCUAUGAAGACAUGAUUACCGACUUGUGUAACAGUUUGCGCGUCAAACUAAAAAGUGUGGUGAAAGAGGCGUGCAAAAGCACCUUUCUGUUUUACCUCGUUGAGACAGAGGACAAGUCAUUCUUUGUAAGAACAAAGCCUUGAAGUCAGCCACUUCUCCAAGGAGCUGUGAUUCGUUUUAGUGAAGAAUCGCAUUUGGAAUUGUUGUGGGCAGCAAGAAUGGCACCAGGUGUUAGACCAGUGGGGUCAGACCAGAUCUGGGUUCAGCAACCUUGGAACUUGAGUUCUAGCUAGGAAAGAAUUCAGAGCCAAGACUCAAACUAUAAGAGAACAUUCAUUUGGAAAAUCAGAGAGGCAGAAGUUUCAUAGAAGAAAUGGGCUUAGAAAACAAGUGAUAGAGGUAAAGGAAGGGCCCUUGGAGCUUAGAAGUGAGGAAGGUAUAGGUGACGUGCCUGGGGAGGAUAGAGAAGGGACUGGGGAAGGAAAUAGGUGUGCUCCUGGGAGAGCAUGCUGGGUCCUCAGUCCUAAGGGUGGAGAUUUCAGGGGAGGUCCUAAGGGAAGAUGUCAGUAGAAUAUUCAUCAGCUUUCCAGGUGUGUCCUUUCAAGGUCUAGGUCUCCCCCGACUAAUUAGUUAGUUGGUGCCAGGGCAGGGGAUCAUUCUCCAAUGCAUCUGGUCCUAAGGUCAGCUGUGGGGUUGCUUGUCUGGUUUUGCUGCUUUCCUGGGCCUGGACCUGAGACACAACUGAGGCCUAGAUGUUAAUCUCUAGGAAAGAAAUGUCAUGGGAUUGGGGUCUAAACCAACAAUAUGCUAGAGGAGGAAAGGUCACCCUGGGAACGAGAUCCGACCCUACAAACGCCCAUUGCUAGGCACCCGGGACCUUCUACCCUGGUGACCUUGUGUAUCUGGCCCAUCAUCCUUGCUCUGCUCAUGUCUGUCUAACUGCCUGCCACAGAAUCAAGACUUGGCAGUGGGUGAACUCAGUGCUACUGGAUGCCUUUGCAUCUACAUCCGUCAAGCAAACAGCCAAGAACUAUCUGUUAAAUGUACAAAUAACACCUGUAUGUUUCUUUUUUAAAAUAAAAAUAGGGCACACUGCUCCCCAAUUCCAGUCCAGUACCACCAGGUCUAUCCUACCUUUGUCACACUUGCAGUUCCUUCUCAAGCUGUAAGGGUUCUCAAUUGCCCUCAUUGUACCUGCUGUUUGGCUCACCUCCUACCCCAAGUGUAAUUAGCCGUGGUCAUGACAGCCCCAUCUUCACCUGCCUGGAGCACCAGCCCAAAGGUGGCAGGAGCCACCCCCACUGGUGGCAGGAGCCAGUUCAAAUGAAAGCAAUCCUUCUCAGUGUCUGUUUUAGAGCCCUAACAUGUACACAUGAGGGGAAAUGAAAAACACUGAUAAAAGAAACAAAAAUGUGAAUGUAAAAUUAAGUGUGGUAUUGGUGCAGGUGCUUUGAAAUUGUUUUGAGGGGGGAGUCAGGAAUAUUUUACUAAAGUUAGCAAGGUUGACCUCUUGUGUGGGGUGUGGAAGGCUAGAUUAGUAAGUGUUCUGGUUCUAAAUGUUUGGCUAGAUUUGUUUUAUAGUUCACUUAUGUCAGUACUUCUGAGAAGUCCUGUAUUUCAGAUUAUCUGUCACUUGGUAAGUCCAUAAAUGUUGAGUUACUGAGUAACGUUAGACAUCUGAAGAUGUUGUAUGUGAUGAGUGUGACAGUUAUCACAGAGGGGCACAUCAGGUAGAUGCUAAUGAAACAUGUAAAGCAGCUUCCUGCUCUUCCCAGAAGCAGGUGUGAAGCUGGUAACUCGAGGUUCUCUGUGUGGAGGAUGCAGUGGAUGUAACACAGACACUCCCCUCAGGGGUCGGAAGUCUGCCCAGAGGGACAGCAGGCAGUUUUAGUCAUUGGUUCAGUGCUGCAGGAAGAAAAGCAUAAGGGAACCCUGAGAGGGUUUCUGAAAGGGCCAUAAGAGUACACGGGCCCAGUGAAGAGGCUGCUCAUCAUGCCUGGAGCAUAGUGUGUUCUGUCAAGAAACAAGUCUAGAGAUGUAAGAAAGGGCCAUUUUAGGAUGGAAGGGCCUUAAUAGAAAUCAUGCUAAGGCAUUUAGACUAUAGCAUGGACUGGAAAAAUGAUAGAUAAGCUUUAACUUGAAGCUAUCCAUUGUUAGUUACUUUCUUCAAGAUAAGAUAGCUGAUGGCUCCUAUUUUGUGUAAUUUAAUUAUGAUCUUAAAAUAUUUAAAAUUUAUUCCAGAUUUAUGGAGUCUGAUCUUUCUGUUUAACAGAUUUUAUUUUCCUGUUGAGGAUUAUUUUCUUCUCCAAGGUACUUCAUAAAUGGUUGCCAGAUUUGUCCCUGUACCCACCUACCCAAACCCCCAUAGUUUUUGUUCCAGUUUACAUGCCAUUUUGGUAAGAAGUAUCAUUGAAAAAGUAUUAAAUAGCCUUCAGUCCUUUUGAAGGUGCUUAGCCUCCAAAAGUAACCUGAAAAUUCAUUUCCUUUUUACCUUGAAUUAAAGUUACAGUAAAAUCCUCAAUAUAAUGGACUAAUUCAGGCAAGGGACAGUCUGUUAAAGCAGAAAGU